GCUUAGAAUUCAAUACGUCGACGUCCCUGUAUUUGGUCUGUGAGGUGGCCAAGGUGGUGGUUUGAUGGUCGUCAAUAUAAAAGCACUGUCGCUUUCUGCGGCCGCUAGUUCUUUGGGUCCUAUAGAGAGUAAAAGAAUAAUCACUAUGAAGACUUUUAUUGUUUUGGCUUGCCUGGUCUUGUCUGUGUACGCUGCGGAUAAAUAUAAUUCAAAAUAUGAUAACUUUGAUGUAGAGACAUUGAUUAACAACGACAGAUUACUGAAAUCAUACGUCAAUUGUUUCUUGGAUAAGGGGAGAUGUACCGCUGAAGGAACAGAUUUCAAAAAAGCCCUCCCAGAAGCUGUGGAGACGAUCUGUGGCAAAUGCACUGAGAAACAGAAGGUGAACAUCAAGAAGGUGAUCAAGGCUAUCCAGCAAAAGCACCCCAAGCAAUGGGAAGAGCUUGUAAAGAAGAAUGAUCCCAGCGGCAAACAUCGCGCGGACUUCGAGAAGUUUAUCCAGGGAAGCUAAAUCAAUACCCUGUUAACUUUAUUACAAUUAGGCGUAGAACUACAUUCUAAUUUUACUUCUAAGACGUUGAUUUUCUUCAAGUGAUCGAGUAUUAUAGAAAUAGUGUGAUACAAAAACGCAAUUCAAUUGAAUGGUUCAAAUUCAGCAACAAGAACCAAGUUUGUAAGUGGUUUAUCUACUUAUUUUUUAAUCAAGUACUAGUGUACUAUUUAUGAAGCACGAAGGAUUUUAUGUUCAAAGAAGAUUCAAUGGCCAAUGUACAAUAAGUACCUAUAAUUUCUACUUAAGAAUUAUAAAUUCGUUGCCAACUAAAAUUAAAAAAAAAAUGUUGUUGUUAAUUUAUGUCAAUGUGAUAAAAGUAGCUUGACUAAAUUAUCGUUUUGAUAGGCAUUAGGAAAAUCACUUGCUGAUGGUAAUAUAAGAUGCAUUUGUAAGUUUUUAUAAGGAAUUAUGAAAAACUGUUAUUUAUUUUAUUAAUUGGUGUUGACUGAGUUUAAUAAACAUAGAAAACAAAUAAAUAA